AUGAGCUCUCUGAAUUCCCGCUUGAAACACCUCGGCUUUGCGAAACGCAAAUCGAGCGCAAGCAUUCAGUCGCCAGACCUAUCGCAGAGCCAGAGUCGCACUCCCCCGCCGCAGGGCUCGUCGCAGUCGUCCAUCCACAACAGCACUCCCCCAUCACACGUCCGACCCGCUGGACAAGCUCCCUCCAUCGCCUCCAACUCCUCGCAGCAGUCCCUGCCCCAGAUGAACCACCCUGGCCAAGGGCAGCGGCCACCGAGCUACACAGCUGGGUAUCCUGGACAGGCUCGAACUCCUCCCACGCAGAUGGUCGGUGGCCCUCCACCCAUCAACACCGGAGCUCCCCCAGUCGCCGGCUACCCCCCUCAGCUUCCACCAAUGCAAGGCGGCCCGCCAGUCGCCGGAGGCCCGCCAGGCUACACUGGCGGCGCCGGAGGCUACGGCCCUCCCCCUAGCCAGAAUCUCCCGACCGCCGCAUACACUCGACCAGCCGCCGAGGUCGAGGGCAACAGCAGGAGCAAGGCGCAAUUGAUUGUUGGCAUUGAUUUCGGCACGACUUUCUCCGGUGUCGCAUUUGCAUUCGCAACAAAUAACGAGGCAAAGGAGGACAUCAUCACAGAAUGGCCAGGUGCCGGUUCAUACACUAAGCAAAAGAUCCCUACCGUGCUCUACUACGAUCAAUACCAAAAGGUUGUUGGCUGGGGCCCCGAUAUCGCCGAUGCCCUCGCACCAACAGGGUACCCGAAGCCAGGAGUGCAAAAAGUGGAGUGGUUCAAGCUGCAGCUGAUGCUGUCCGGUAAUACGUAUAUCGACCCCAUCAACCUGCCACCUCUGCCACCAGGAAAGUCCGAGAUUGAUGUCGCCGCCGAUUACCUGUUCAAGCUCCGCCAGGCCAUGCGGGCAGCCCUGCAGAAGACCCUGGGCGAAGUCUUUAACCGAGAGGAGCGGAACAUUCGGUACUACCUGACGGUGCCCGCCAUCUGGAACGACGCUGGAAAGGCUGCCACGAGAGCCGCUGCCAUCCAGGCCGGCUUCCUUCGAGACGAGAACGACAACCGAUUGACCCUGGUUUCCGAGCCCGAGGCCGCUGCACUAUUCUGCGCAAAGACCGGUCUCCUCAACCUCAAGGUGCAUGAUGCUCUGCUCAUCGUGGAUUGCGGUGGUGGUACCGUCGACUUGAUCGCAUACGAGGUCGAAGACGAGAACCCUUUCACGGUGGCCGAGUGCACCGCCGGAUCUGGUGACUCCUGCGGUUCGACCGCCCUGAACCGGAACUUCAGCAAUAUAUUAAGGACCAAGAUCAGGAAGAUGAAGCUACCGGACGGAUCCAAGACCGCAGGCCGCGUCUACGCCAAGUGCAUCAUGGACUUCGAGAACCGCAUCAAGGCAGACUUCCGCAACAACGGGCAAAAGUGGGCCGUGGAUGUGGGUAUCGAGGCCGAAUUCCCCGAGGCUGGCAUUGAGGAGGGCUACAUGACAUUCACCAACGAAGAGAUUCUGCAGUGCUUCGAGCCUGUGGUGAACCGAAUCCUCGAGCUUGUGCGCAACCAGAUCAUCGCAAUCCAAGCGCAGAACCGGGCACUACAGAACAUCCUGGUCGUCGGUGGAUUCGGUGCCUCCGAGUACCUCUUCCAACAAAUCAAGCUGCACGUGCCUCCGCAAUUCCAGUCCAAGGUCGUACGGCCUAUGGACUCGGUCGCCGCCAUCGUCAAGGGUGCCGUCACUGCUGGUAUCACAGAGCGUGUUAUCACUCACCGUAUUGCGCGGAGACACUACCUCAUGGCCACCCUGCAGCCGUUCAAGGAGGGAUACCACCCAGAGGCGUACCGUGUGCCGUCACUUGAUGGCAAGGAUCGAUGCAAAUUCACGCGACAGAUUUUCGUGCAAAAGGGUCAAAAAGUCAAGAUUGGAGAGCCCGUUAAAGUCUCCUUCUUCCGCCAAGUCGCUCCCGGGGCGACUCUCAUGUACGAAGAUAUCCUGUAUGCUUGUGACGACGACGUUUGCCCGGAGUACACUAAGGAUCCCCGUAUCAAGGAGGUCGUCACACUUACCUCGGAUCUCUCGCGCAAGAAUUUGGAGAAGGAUUUCGAACGCAUGGACACACCGCAAGGCACGUUCUACCGCGUGUACUUUGACAUCUACCUCACGCUCGACGGCUCGGAGUUCAGUGCCGAGCUAGUCUGCCAAGGCGAGGUUAUGGGCCGUUGCAGGGCGAGGUUCAGAUAG